CCAGUAGCGUGGAAAGGACUUGAGCCUUUCAGAUUGGAAAAAAUUGCCAUCGGAAUCCGUUCUACAGAAAAAAAGGAAUAAAAGAGGCAAAGAGCUUGACUCCUUUGAAACUUCGCGUGAAGCGAAUCUGAGGGAGAUGAACGAGGAGGAAACCAUUGGGCUAUAGGAAUUUCUGCAGAAAAUUGCAGGAAAAUAGAAUAAUUAAAUAAAGCUAGAGGGCGGAGGGCGAUCAAGAGCAGCGAUAGCCAUGGGGAUUCUCUUCACUCGGAUGUUCUCUUCUGUAUUCGGCAACAAGGAAGCUCGAAUUCUCGUUCUCGGCCUCGACAAUGCCGGCAAAACUACUAUUCUCUAUCGGCUUCAAAUGGGGGAGGUAGUCUCCACGAUCCCGACAAUUGGAUUCAACGUGGAAACUGUACAGUACAACAACAUUAAAUUCCAGGUGUGGGAUUUGGGUGGCCAGACAAGCAUCAGGUAACUUUGAUUCUUCAACCUCUUCUUUCACCCUUUAUUUAGCACGCAGUUUCUUGGAAUAAUGGCUUCUAGCUUGGUUAUGAUUUGUUCAUCAGGUGGUGAACAUUCAAAUUUCAUCAAUAUUUUCUAAGCGAGCUAUCUAAAAUAUCACAAUUUAAAUCUGUUCUCUCUCUCUCUCUCUCUCUCUCUCUCUCUCUCUCUCUCUGUUGUAGAAGUAAAAGUGCUUAAUGGAAGAAAUGUUUAGAGAAACUGAAUACCUUGCGGUAUUGCCUUUGUUUUAGUUGCAUUUAAUGCAAAAAAAUCUGAUCCGCUCCUACUGCUAUGGGCGGACCAGGUUCCUACAUGGUCCUAUGCAAGUUCCAAUUUUGUCUGAUUUCUUUGUUCUAGAAAAAUUGGCCUUCUUAUGCUAGGAGACAUACAUAAAGGCUAGGUUUUUUAUCAAUGGCUUUUAAAUCAUAACAGAUUAUCUCAUUUUCCAAUCAGUAUGUCGUUAGAUGAUGCAAGUUAGUAGCAGUUAUAAUUCACACUAUGAUUAUUUAGUUUGCUUUGAACAUUAGUUUGGAAACACUUCAUAAGGAGGCAAUAAUGAACACCUGAAUGGAGAUUCCUCAUUAAGCUGUUGCCUGUUCAUAUACAUAGCACUAAAAAAUGACUCCAGAGAUUUGUAUGAACUGUUACUUGGAUGUUUUGCAUUCAAAUAAGAUAGAAAUAUGUCAAACAUGGCAAGGGUCUCAUAAAGGUUCACAUGCAGAGUUGUUGAAUUUCAAACUGGAUAUUGCGGAAAGAACAAAUUACUAGUGAAUGUUAGUCUAUAACCUAUUAAUCUGGCUGCAACUCCAGUCUCUUUCUGAAGGAUAAUUAUGGAAUAGUCUGGAUCAGAUACUUUCUCUUUCUAAUAUAUGUGGUUCAUAUACGUCCUUCGUGGAAUGCUUAUCACCUCACCUCCAUGUUGUCUUGUUGAGUGACUGGAUUGUUAUUGCAGGCCUUACUGGAGAUGCUAUUUCCCAAAUACUCAAGCAGUGAUUUAUGUGGUUGAUUCAAGUGACACGGAUAGAAUUGGAAUAGCUAAAGAAGAAUUUCAUGCAAUUUUGGAGGAAGAAGAAUUGAAAGGGGCCAUUGUCCUCAUUUUCGCAAACAAGCAGGAUCUUCCUGGUGCGCUUGAUGAUGCUGCAGUUACUGAGGCUCUAGAGUUGCACAAGAUUAAAAACCGGCAAUGGUCCAUCUUCAAGACUUGUGCUGUUAAGGGCGAAGGCCUCUAUGAGGGAUUGGACUGGUUGAGUAAUACUCUCAAGUCAGGAGGUAGUUAAGGAUAUUGUGAAAUUCGAGCUCUAUGUUGUGUGGCAAUGCAGAAGCCAAAAGUGUUACAAACCUACCAUUAAUUAACUUUUACACCUUUUGUGUCUUCCAAUCUUCUAUAUAAUCUAUUUUUCUUUUUCUUUUUUAGCUUCAUUUCUGGAGGGGUAAUGGCCAUUUUUUCUUCUUUCUUAACUCUUGGCUUUUUGUUCUUAAAUUUUCUUAGAACGUCGAGGUUUUGGUGAGCUUGUGCAAUGUACUAAUGUUUUGCAGAUUAAUAUGAGUACUGAGAUUAGGUUACGAUGACAUCGUCUAAUUUGUGUCUUGCGUUGUGGUUAGUGUCAAGGAUAUAGGCCGAGGGUCUUAUGUGAAACAUGUUCUUGAGGCUAUUUAAGGUGAAUUGGUUUCUUACAUGAUACUAAAGUUAUGAGGUGCCGGCUUUGAAUC